AAAGAGGUAGUAGUAGGAGUAGUGUUAAAAUAGAAUUAGAGAGAGAGAGAGAGAAAGAGGGUGGCGGAGAACGGAGUAGAAAUGGUAAGAAAAGGGUAAAGCAUGUUAUUGCUAUAUUUUCACUGGUUCACUACUACUAAUUGGCAAUUGAAUACAGGAAAGGGAGCAGUAGUGAGUGAGUAGAAGAAGAAGAGACGAAUGGUAUUGGUAGGGUAAGAGCGUCAAGAAGAUCCGUGGUCCAACACCGCCACCCCCAUCCCCAUCCCCCAACUUUCUCUUCUCCCUGCUACUAGUAUUCGUAUCAUUAUCAUCAUCAUGCUACUGCUAUUAGUUAUGCGGAGUACUAAUAUUUAAUCAAUAUAUCUAUGUAUCACCGCCUGCUACUGCUGCUAGUAAUUCCAUUAUUCCGUGUUUUUCUCUGAAGCUGAGUCUGUACGUGCCACCGCCGUUUCAUCAAUCCCAUCUGAAUACUCCACCGGUUGGAGGUGUUGUUGGUAGGUGAGGUGGUGAUUUCGUGAACGGAGGGGAGGCGUGGGGAGGUGUCGGGGGGCAAGGUUCGAUUUUUCUCCUAGAAAGAGCCGGCGCCGCCUGGUUUGAUCGGACGAAAGGGUGUCUGGAGACUACUUCAGAAAAAAGAAAAUUAAGGCAGGGGGUUUUCUUUGCAAAUGCCGGAGGAGGACUUGGUCGAGCUCAAGUUUCGAUUAUACGAUGGAUCAGACAUCGGCCCCUUUCGUUACUCACCGGCUUCAACUGUUGCUAUGCUCAAGGAAAGAAUCGUCGCUGAGUGGCCUAAAGAUAAGAAAAUUGCACCAAAGGCCGCAAAUGAUGUGAAAUUAAUAAGUGCUGGCAAAAUUUUGGAAAACAACAGGACUGUUGGCCAGUGCAAGAUGCCUUUUGGGGAGUUGCCGAAAGGUGUAAUCACAAUGCAUGCUGUUGUGCAGCCAUCUUUAGCUAAAGCAAAGACAGCAGAAAAGAAGGUUGAGGAGGCUCCAAAGAAAGGCAUCUGUGCGUGUUCAAUAAUGUGAGGUGAAUCUCUUGGGAUCUUUGCGUUUACCUGGUUGUGGAAUUUGUAGUCAGAGAAAACAAUAGUAAUUUGUAAACUGUGUUCACCGCAUUGUUUGGUGUUGCCAUGUUGUUAUGAUGUACGUGUGUUACAUAUGGUACAUUUGUAUUGUGGUAUUUCGUGUACAUUUGUAGCUGCAGAGUUACAGUUUACUAUACAUGAUGAAUACAGGCCAUGUAUGUGGCUGAAGCGAAUACCCUGGAAAAAAGGGCUUUUUUU